AGGUCUGCGGUGCCGUAAAAUGGAGCAGAAAUGAACGAGUGUUCUUCUUAGGAUGAAUGGAGGAUUAUCUUAGCAGGAAAGUGUGCUACGGGAACAUGGGAGGUGUAUUCAAGAGGAUUUCACAGAAUAAGAAUUAACCUUCAAAGGUAAACGACCCUUAAAACUCCGAAGAUCGUAGGGACGAUCGAUUGAUUGACAAAAUCAAGAGUCUCCGAAAUUAAAAUGAAAUGUUGAGCGCCUGGGGCGAAUGUAAAAGAAAUAAUAUAUUUUUUUUAUUAUUUACUUUGAGGCGCAUAUGAUAGUUCGUUCUCACUGUUAAUAUUCAAAAUAUUUACACAAAAUACUACUAAUGCUACUACGAUUUAAAAGUAAUUUCCAAAGACGUUUAAGUGGAUAAAAAUUCAGGGGCAAUUGAGUGGCCAUCUGGAAAUAUUUAUAUCCAUCCAUCAGAGCUGACCUCAAUAGAUAAACAUUGAUAUUUAUUGAUUUAUUUUUAUUUCUCACUCGAGGGCCCACUGAAAGUUUAUCUUCCUCUUUUUUUCCUGGAUAUUUUUUUUUUCUCGGGUCUUUCAGUUUGACUCCUUGGCUCGGCUCCGCGCUGACUGUGCUAACUUUAGAAUCCCCGAGGAAUUGGCAAACAACGUCUGAUGAGCGCCAAGUGGAGAGUGGGAUUUUUUUCGAGUUGUGUUAAUUUUUUAUUCUCCAUAUGCUGAAGCUAAAUAAAUAAUUUUUGAACUUUGUCCUCGGUAGUUGAGGAUCCACCAAAUAUUCUGAAAUUUUUGUUUGCAAUAUUUCCAAGGAUUGAACACCAAUUUUUAAAAAUCGAAUGAAAUGUUGAACCGCAAUAAAUCCACUCAAUUCCGUUGACAGUUAUUGGUAAAUAUCGGGUAAUGGAGAGGGGAGGUUUAACAUAAAUUCUACUAUCACCCUCCAAUUUCCGGACAUUCAGCGUAAAGAAAAUUCUCAAUUUCGUUCGGUCAUGUUUUUAAUCAAAAAUCCAUUAACUAAUGAAAAACUACGAAAAUAAAUUCCUUGUUGUACACAUUGGAAGGCCCUUUCCAAGAAUAGAAGUAUCAUUAAAUUCCUAAAAAAUCGGAUAUCACACAUAAAGAAGUCUUUAACCGUCAUCAAUUAAAAACGAGAUACUCAUUCGCGAUUAGUCCGCACGUGUGAAAGCCCGGCCUCUGUCCCGAGUUUAUCGGCCGCGGUGCACUCAAUUGACCGAGGCAAUAACCAGGGUCUCGUACCCACGUGGAGGCAUCAACGAAAAAAAACAACUAGUUAAUCGCACGCCCAGUGGCUGAGUUUCUUCGGAUUAAUAAUUUUUAAUUCUACCUUUAAGAAUAUCCGGGAUACACGGACCGUUCUAUUUGCGUCAUCUUGACUCUAGGGACUCAAAAAACAUCACUGGAUGUCGUCUCACUUUUACCCGAAUGGAUCACUUUUCACUUCCGUCACCUGCCUCUCGGGUAAUGAAUAAAAAGAAACCGAAAAAAACAUUUCUUACUAUUUAGACUAAAUAAAUCGCAGAAUGAGAAUGUACGUACGGACAUAAUGAUUUUACUUCUUAAAUCCUGUUGGGGUGAAUUUGCAUUUCAAUAUUGAACAGUUAGAGAAUGCUGUAAAAAUCUAAAAAAAUAACAAAAGUUAAUUUGCAGAAAGAGUGACGAAAGAGUUGAACAAUGGUAAUUUUUUAAAUUACGUGCGUUGUCAAUAAAUAAUUCAUAAACAUCUAGUGGUCAAAUAUAAUCAUUUUUAAUUUCUAAAUGUUUCUACCUCGCUAUUUAAUUGGUAAAUUUGAUGAUUGAAUUUGUAGUGUGUCCUCUACCAGGCUCUAAAAAAUACUUGGAAUCCUUGCCAUCGAAUCCUGGCAAGAAAAGUUAUAUGAAUCAGUCAGUUUUUAUUAUGAAAAAUCGAUUCUUCAAGACAACUCAUGAUUUAAAAAAUUAAAGCAUCUUUAUACUUCAUUAAUCUUCCUUCAAAAAUAAAAUUUCUUCUUUUUUCAGAUGUUUCAAUGUUUUCAAACACAUCAAUUAUGUAAUUCUAAUUGAGUCCUGCAAAUUGUAAAUGAUUCAAUCCUUGUAAAAUAGCCGGAAGUUUAGGAUUAAGUGGAGUUGAAAUUAAAAGUCUGCUCAAACAGAAAGCCAUUUCACUGGAGAAAAUAGUCAAUGUAUUUGAGUAUCCUUAAUUCCCCUCUUAACAAUUGCAUCCGGAAACACUCACCCUCCCCUUUCGCCUCAAUAUUGACCACAACCUGAAAGAACUCUAUAAUUUUCCGCGUGGGAUGACAUUAACGAUAAGUGUAGAAAGAGUAAUUCGACGAUCGAGAGCAGUGAGUUUCAUCCCAGGGACGGACCCAAUACCCAAGCGCGGGUGUUCCCUCUCAAUUUUAUAAAUAGUCUUAAAACUUGGAAGUUACGAAGCGAUGCGUCCCUAUCCGGUUAUUUUAGUGUGUCUCGCGCCGCCCGUUCUCCUUUGCUCCUCAUUUCCUCCUGUAUCCCAAGUAUCCCUCAGUCUAGCUCACCACUUCAUCCCCAACGCAUCAACCACGUGACUACACCGUGUUUAAACGUCAAAACCGACGGCUGAGGAUAAUUGUUACGUGAAACUGCCGGAAAAAGUCUCGUGUGAAUAGAUCAUUUUUUCCAAGUGUCAUCCAAUUGUUGUAAUAGCUUCAUUGUUGACAUGCAGAAACGCCUCUUCUUCGCGAGCCGGGGCGUCAGUUGAGCAUGGGAUUUAUUUAUAAACUCAUCUUGAGAAUGGUAGACUCUACAUCAACGACUUAAAUCUUUUAAUCCCCCUUGGUAGAGAUUAAGCACUUAAUUUAGAGAUCCAGGAGGAAUAAAAAUCCUCAAAUGUCUAAUUUUUGGAGAUACAAAAGAGGAAUAAAAUUGAGAAAAUUUGAGUGGCUGAAGAACUUUAAGAGUUUAAUUGGACUGAAAAAAUAACAUUGAAUGUAUUAUUUUUGGCCAGAGGAAUCAUAGCUUCAAAAUCGUCCCAUUCCAUUUCCCCUAUUGUCCAGUAUUAGAACACAAAGUAGAAAUAACAAAUGAAUUAAACAACUGAAUCCAAUGAAGUUGCAAAAAUACUCUCAAAGCCUGUCCUUACAAAAAAUACGAAUGAAGUUCUUCGGACAUUCAAAGAGGUCCAAACCAUCACCUAACGUUCCCUGUCUACUUUUCUAAAUGACAGCUCCUAAACUCCAUAAAAUAAAUCCCAAAAAUUACUGAAAUCAACAACAAUUCGACCAAAUUUGAAUCAAACAAAAUUCAAACGAUAAAAUCUCUCAAAAAUUAUCUCAAACAAGGGCAUGAAUUUUGAGAUAAUGCCCGAAUACUCUUAAAACCGAUCCAACACUCAAUGCCAAGGAUGUUCAGUUCCUUGCGUUUGGGAACGAUGCGUUCUCGUGACAAGAGCCGUGCGCGUCCCGGUAGUGUGGCCACAAAUGCAAGUUCCGAGGACAAUCCCCACAACUCGCACUACGGUUCCCAGAAGUUCCUGGUACUGGACGAUAUAGAAGCGGGUCAGCCGUCUGGAGUUUCCUCAAAAGUGGCCCAAGUACGAGUGGAACGAGAGGGUGGGAACCUGGGGGUGACCCUGAGAGGAGGGGUAACGAGGGCACUAGUGGUAACGGGAGUGAAGUCGGAUGGUCCAGCCGCUAAGGAGGGCCGAGUGAGGCCCGGGGAUAGACUCCUGGCGGUUGAUGACACGGAAUUGAGGGGCCUGAGCCUGUCGGAGGCACAGAGAGCCCUCAGAAGGAGCUCCGAUGCACCUGUCGCGUCUCUCACCAUUGAGUACGACGUGGCUAACAUGGAGGAGGCAAGGGCAGCCACCUCAGGACCACUCCUGGUGCAGUUGGAGCGAGGACUGUCAGGGGAGUUAGGAUUAACAGUACGUGAAACACCAAGUGGUGUGUAUAUUGAGAGUCUCAGACCAGCCAGUACUGCAGAUCGUUGUGGUGCACUGCAGCCUGGUGAUCGUCUCCUCGCGGUCGAUGACACACCGGUGCACGAUGCAACAGCAGCUGCCAAGUUGUUGAGAAAUGUCGCUGAUAAUUGCCGAAUAGCGCGACUCCAGAUACUCCCCAGGCCACCGAGUACGUCCUCCAGGACGGUUAAGAGGAGGGCACAGCCGCAAGCCGCCAAUCAGACACUUUAUUCGAAGGAGAGUCUGACUGUUCUUCUCAGACCUGAUCACAGAGGAUUGGGACUGGCACUGAGGAUCGCCGAUGAUGGGAUUAAUUAUGUGGUGGACCUGCUGGAGGCUGGGGGACCUGCCGAGAGGAGUGGAGUGCUACUGCCGGGCGAUCAGAUCAUCGCUAUCAACAGGAGGAUCCUGAGGGACCUCCAGCCUGCAGAGGUCGCGGCUAUUCUCGAGUCUUCACAGGAGUGUGUGGAACUCUCACUAAACUGGCUAGGUAUAAAUCGACACUUCAGGGAAGGCUCCUGCUUCUCUGAGGUGGAACUAGUGACGGAGUAUAAAGUUGGGGGAUCAGUGGUGCCCAGCUCAGGAGUCUUCACGGUGAGAGUGGCGAGACCUCUAGGGGGCCAGCCAGACCUGGGGCUAACCGUCAACGAGGACCUGGUGAUAGCGGAGGUGAGGAGAGGCUCCCUGGCGUACAGAACGGGAAGCCUAUCGCCUGGGGAUCGGUUACUGGCGAUCGACGGGCAGAAACUCGACCCUGGGGAUUUGCGUCAGGCUGCACAGCUUCUUCACCGUCCAGGGAGCUCUGUUGUUGCUCUCACCGUGAGGAAACCCGAUAGUUGUAAUGAUCAGAGAGAUGGAAGUGUCUCGGGGAGUGUUUCUGGAAGUGUCGCGGGGGAUCCCAUAAGCCCUCAGUAUCCCUCGGGCCUCCUCAGAUCUGCCAGAGAGAGUUUACCAAGCGUUGACAGUGCUGUCGACUCCUGGGGAGAACUCGGCGAGGUCAGUGGGCCCGAGAUCAUACGGCUCUGGGACACUGCCUCCAUCGAUAGUGGCCAAUUAGACCUUCCCAUGUCGUCGUAUCCCGGCCCUCAAGAACGACCGGGCAGUGACAACAGACCCCAGCAAAUAGUCCACAUAUCCCUCCACAAAGAUCCAGUUUACGAGGACUUUGGUUUUUCGGUUUCGGAUGGUCUCUACGAGCGUGGUGUCUACAUAAAUCGCUUGCGACCCGGGGGGCCAUGCGAUGGUGUCUUGAAGCCGUACGAUCGAAUUCUACGCGUCAACGACACGAGCACAGAGGACUGCGACUGUUGCCUAGCAGUGCCACUCAUUGCAGCUGCUGGAGCUCGACUAGAUCUCACAGUUGCGCGACCCCUCUCCCCCCAAAAUGUCACUAAAAACUUGUAAUUUUACUUUUCAACGAU